CAAGAAAGAAUAAUCGUCCACGACAACCAGAGGACAGGAGAUGAAUUUUCCGUGGACAGAUAGAGCUCCUUCCAAACGGGCAACUACCGGCCACCCACUUCGGCACUUCGGCUAUCUCCUCCUUCCCUUCUCCGGUUCGAUCCAUCCAUCAUCUCCUACUGGCUACUAUCUCCAUCCCAUCCCAUCUCAACCCAUGGCGUUCUCCUCCGCGCUCCGCUCCUCUCCGCUAGCCGCCGCCGCCGCCCACGCGGCCUCCCCUCGCCAGCGGCUCUCCGUCGGCUCCCGUUGCCUUGCACGCGUCGUCAGCGGCUCCUCCAGGUCCAGCAGGGCCGCCGCGCGUGCGCUGUCGGUGCGGUGCGAGCAGAGCAGCAAGGGAGGCAGCGCCGUGGACGUGUGGGCUGGGCGGCUCGCCAUGAUGAGCUUCGCCACGGCCGUCGUCUCCGAGGUGUCCACCGGCAAGGGCCUCGUCGAGAACUUCGGCGUGGCAACGCCGGCGCCGGCACUGGCGCUGGUCGUGACGGCGCUCGUCGGCGGGCUCGCAGUCCUCUUCAUCGUCCGCUCCGGCGAGCAGCAAGACUGACUGCUAACCGGUGGACCCGUCGCGCCGUCAUAAUAGUGAACUUUGCUUGCAUGGUUCUGGAAAUUCAGGAAUUGAUUUUUCUCUAUGUUCGUGAUUACAUGUAAAUCGUUCCAGUUCAUGCAAAAAAUUAUAUUUUUUUCCUUUAUCAAGCUCGCAUCUCGGCCUGGCUACCAGCUGCUAGCGUAACUGGAUUUGAAUCGACGUACUCACUUUGUGCCUGCACGUUUAUCUGAAGAUCGAACGUGUGCUGCAACUGCAAGUCUGCAAUAACCCAUUUUGUUGUCCCUGGUCACGUAUAAGCCUAAUAUCUUCGGUGUUCUGUAAUAAACAUAAACUAUGCAAUAAAUUUUAGGCUAGAUGUGUGCAUUCAUGCUGCAGAGUUUCCUUUGUUUUUUUAUCAGGGCCGUAUAUAGGAUUUUGAGACCCUGGUCCGAAACGUAAAAUGUGGCCUUAAGAUUCAAAAACUUUGCAUAACCAAACUAUACUUUCGGUUCACUAUAUUACUAGACACAUUAUAUUUUACAAUACUCCUUAGAACAAUAUCAAAUCUUCAUGCUAAAAUAGUAAAGUUGUGACGAAGCAAUAAGUUGCUCAUGUUCUACCGAAAAGCAUCAUCAUUUUAGUAUUUUUUAAAAUGAAAUUGAAUAAUCAUGACAGGUCUCAUAUGAUGAAUGCGUACAAGAGAAAGAUAUUUGCCCUUUGCCCCUCUUCUCAUGGGCCUUUUUCUUUUUCUAUUUAAUGAGCCUUAAAAUUUAAUGUUAAUAAGUAUAGCUAAUCAGUAGUAGAAUUAAAUAUGGAGGCUCCUAAUUUUUGGUGGCUCUGAACAAGUGCACACCUUGCACCUGCCACUGUACAUGCUUGUUUUUUUAUUAGUCAAACUAUGGUCAAAGUUGUAUCUAAAAAUGAAGCAAGGAGGGGAAACCGAAAUACUGGUAACAGAAAAGAAAUAAGAACACCAAUUAAUACAGCUGCGUGCAAACCACCCACACCCCCCUCCCCCCCUCGGCCCCAUAUCGUGUUCCUUCUUGACCUGGCCAAGUUUGAAUUGGAAGUGUCGGUUAUAUUUCGUGUGCCAUCCUUUGUGGGUUAUAUAGAUGGCUCUCUUUUCUUAUCAAUGGAUCGAUACACAAAGUUUUUGUGUUUUCUGGAAGAAAAAAAAUAUCCACUCAAAAAAUUGCCCAAAUCCAUCAAAAUUUCGCUCAAAAUUUGAGAAAGAUCCAAGUCCAACGUUCUUCGGGGAAGAUGUCAAGAUGGCAAUGGCAUGGCAACAAGGAAGGAAGUUGCUGUCGACAUGUACACGAUCCAACAUCUUGAGCUCUGUAUUACACGCAACUUCACGCCUUAACCCAAUCCGUCUGGAGGUCAAAGCCGCGUGGCACGAAACCUAGAGUAGUCGAGGUCAACGGUCAACCAAACAAAGCCCACCGGCGAGGCGACCCUCUUCGUGAAGGGCUCCGAUUAUAAUCUGAACCCGCUCGUGAUCGCCGUCUCGCGAUUGUUCCCUGCUUGGCGUGGCCUGAUCGGAAUCGCAGGAGUGGGGUGGAGAAGAUGGACGGGGAGCAGGAGGCGCGGUGGGCGGCGGCGCAGGGGAUCGGCGUCGGCGAGGAGCUCGUCCCGGCGGCGCUGCGGCAGCUGGGGUUCCUCGCGGCCGUCGACCGCCGCCGGUGGCUCUACGAGGGCCCGCUGCUCCACAGGGCCAUACGCAGGUACAAGGCUUGCUGGCUUCCUCUUCUUGCCAAGCACCUUGAGGCUGCUGUUGUAGAUGGGCCUUUGGUCGUCCCUCUUGACUGCGAAUGGAUAUGGCACUGCCAUCGUCUUAAUCCGGUUCAAUACAUAAACGACUGCAAAAGAUUAUAUGGCAUAAUAUUAGACAAUAGGAAUGUCGAGUCCUCCAUUCAAGUAAAGUCCAAGGAUCAGUCUGAGAAAGUUUGGGCUGGGUUCUAUCCUAGGGAGCCCUUUGAGUUGGAGUACACAAGUCCUCCUGACGAUACCGUUUAUGCGAGCGAUGGAGCUGCAAGCGACAUUUCAUAUAAUUUGGUCUCAGCUGUUAAGAGACAGUCUUCUUUCUUCUACCAGGUUGGGACACCAAGCAUGCAUGAUCCCCGUUUUCUUGAAGAAGCUUUAGCUCGAUACAAAGGGUUUUUAUAUUUGAUCAAGGUAAAUCAGGAGAAAGGAACGAACCUCUUCCGAGUACCAACCUACGAUGUGGAUCUCAUGUGGCACACUCACCAACUGCAUCCAGUUACCUACUGCAAUGACAUGCUGAAUCUUCUUGGGAGAGUUCUGGAGCAUGAUGACACUGAUGAUGAUCGAGCUGUAGGAAAGAAACUCGACACUGGAUUUUCGGGGACCACUGAACAGUUCGAGAAUAGCUUUGGUGUGAGAUACUGGAAGGUUGGCGCUAUGUACCGUGGAAGCUUGGCAUCUCCUGUCACAUCCCUUCCUCAGAUAUUUAGUUGUGAGGAUGCAAAUGGUUUUGGUGUAACUAAAGCAGAGAAGCAUCUUACUAUUCUUGAAACAACAGUUCUGGAGUUAUACUUGCAAAUUGUGGAUAUCAAGAAACUGCCAUCUGCAAUUCCAGAGAAAAGUGUGUAUGUAUGGUUCACCAAGAGUCAACCAGAUGCGUUUAUUAGUGACGGUGGCAGGUUAGAUAUUUCAACGAACACAGGGAAGAGUAUCGGAGCUGGUUUCCAAUGCGAACCUACUGGUGAGCUCAUUCUGACAGUAAUGGUUGAUCAAGCUUAUCUUGCGGCGGCGGCAUUGAAGAAACCAAAACCAUUAGGGAAGGUUUUGAUCUCUCUUCAAGAUCUUACUCGGCUUGAUUCUAAGCUAUCCUUUGAGAAGUGGUUUGAGCUGGAACCUCAUGGUGGGCAUGCCGGUUCUCCUCCCAUCAGUCUCCGCGUUGCUGUAUCUUGUACUGUUCCUAGCCGUGCUCCGCAGGUGCUUAGCAUGAUCAGUGUGAAGCCUUUCUCUUUCAAGACAUGUUUAUUGCCACCAUCCUGCAAGGAUCAAAAGACGAGCUGGUGGACUCGUUUUGUGUAUGACUGUGGUACUGAACUUGUUCGUCUUCAAAUAAGGGACCACAAAACAAAGAAGGAUAAGGCUCUCAUUCAGGAAUUGGUUGGAGUAACAAAGUCAUCGAAAAACACUUUUCGGCUUGCAGAAUUGAAGGAAAAUAAAUGGUAUUUUAUUAACUCCAACUUAUCCAUCAACAAUGAUCUCAGACCGAGCCAGGAUGGCUGCAUACUCGAACUCAAAGGUGAUAACAAACUGAUCAAACUAUACGGGGGAAGGAGACUAGCAUAUGAACGCAAAUGCUGCAGUCAGCAUGCUGAGGAUACUGCAACAGUUACUGCUGUGAAGUUUUGUACUGAACACCCCUAUGGCAAAGCAGUCGCACUACUUGACACUGAAUCAGAAUUUAUCACGGUGGAUGAGGAUUGGUUUCUGCUUCCUUGGAUUAUAAUAUCAUUCUUGUUCCUGAAUGCCACUGGCAAAGACGGCGAGAAGCUCAUCAGAGGUACCAUGGUUGAGAAUGGUGCGACGUCUGAUCCUGACGCUAACAUGGUGUCGGAAACUGGGGCAGGUUGAGCAGUAGGAGCCACUGCUGGUCCGGCACGAUGCGACACUUGUGGCCCACCCUGUGAUGGUGACAUGAUCAUGGCAAGUGACAAGGCUGAUCGUGCUAUCUGUGACCACACGGUGGAUCACUGCAAGCGGCAAGGUUUGAGUUAAGGUCGUUGCAUGCGGUGGUUGAUGGAAAUCUGAUCGAACCGAGCUAGCUUAACAUGGAUCUCAGGCAAUAUCAAGCUAACCCUGAAAUAUGGAGAGAUAGCUACACCAACUGACGACUCUGCUUGUCGAGAUGGCCACAACCGUGUACGACUCGAUAUGUUGACGUAUACUCGUGUUCAGAGGAGAAAAGAGGUAACCAAUACCACCUGUGUCAACAUAUGGGUUAAUUAGUCCAUGAUGAUCUUGAGGAAGCCAACCAGGAGGUGUUGGGGCCAGGCCAGGAAAAUGUUGGAACAUAUCAGGCCUCCUAGUUGGUUCGUCGAGGAAACCUUGUGGCUACAGAGAACCCAGGAGACUUGUACCAUCUUGAUCACCGACCUUGUUCGCCUUCUUGGGAAAUUCGCUUGAGCUGAAGACUUUGUGCAUGCAGAAAUCACCAUGACAGUAUGAUUAUCUGUCCAGAACUUUGCUGAUGGCCAUCCGAUUUUAGGCCGUUCUUCAGGGGAUCGAUCGAGUCAAGACUUGGCUGUAAGCCUGGAAGGAAGCUGCUGUCUGUCGUGUGCGUACUGCUGCUGAUCCUCUGUACUACACAUAGCAGCUUGUACUAUUGUACUGCAGGCCGGGUUGCCCAAGGAGAGACGUCAGAUGCGUGCGUGCGUGCAUUGAGCCUGGUCAAGCAGUUGAGAUGCCCAGAAAUUGAAACGGCAUGAUUCACACAUCCAUUAUUGAAUAAUCCAGUUGCACUAGUUUUCUAAGCUUGCAAGCAAGCAAGAGCAAUCAUUCAGGUAGCAUGAUUGGUUUAUUUCUGCACAGUGUGGCUUAUUCUCUUCUCUUUUUUUCCUUAAUAAUUACCAUCAUUAGUACUUCACGGACUGCAGAAGCUCCUUAACGUGGAGCAGCAAGAUAACGCAUAUAUGUAAACCAGAACCAAGUGGACUAUU